CGCCGCUCCGCAAACCCCUAUCGCAACCAAAAACGGAACUAUGCACACAACAACGACGCCAUUCACCAGCGCCAGCGCCYGCAGUCGGCAACGACGAUGGACCGCAACGGCMCGCUCUCCGUUGCUGUUCUGUGCGAGCUUUCUCCUCGGCGCCGCUCUCCACCUUUCCGAUCCUUCUGCUGCAUCGUUUGGUUUCGCCGAUGCCUUUUCGACGGGAGGCACCCCGUUGGCGAUUGCCGUCCAACAUGGCGGUCGAAAGACAAUCCUUUCUGGGGAUGCCAAUAGCGGCGAUCUGUCMUUGUGUCGUAGCACGGGAGGACUGAACUUGUUCGGCCGGGACACAGCAGAARAGGAUGGCGGCGAUGCCGGCAGCGACAGCGAUGGCACAACCAGCGACAUCAACAGGUUCGACAUGGCUCAAAGAAUCGAGUCCCUGAAAUCGGUCGUUCUGGGAGCCCUGUCGGGCGGAUUCGCAGUCACACCGGUAGCCUAUUUGCACUAUGUUUUGUUCGCCUCUCCGAGCAGCACGGCCCAGUGGGAGUUUGUGACCGACAUGUCGUCUCUUCAGGCAGCGCUUUUUGCCAUUGUAUACCGGUACGCCGUCCGAGCAAACGACAACAAUCCCAUGCUGAACCAGGGCGUCGUAGGGGCAUUCGUUGUGGUACGAACCCUAUCGAACAUUCACGUGACGGACACGUGCCAAUCCAUCCCACUGAGAUGUAGGUCCGGUGUGCUUCCAGUGUGAUGCUUCUAGAUUCAUUCAAUGGCCAACCUUCCCGUCUCACGCGUAGUUUCUUGUUUCUCUUUCUUCGCACGCGCUCAAAACAAUGAUUGUAUGGUGUUGGCCUCGUCUUGCAAAAAAAGGCGGAGCUCCCCUUGGAUAUUUCGAUUGGAACAUGAUUGAACAGGCGGCAUGGGGUGGAAUCGAAUCGGCGGCGUUAUUCGGGGCAGCAUCCCUGGCAAUGGAAUUGGCAUUUCGGCAAAAAUGGAUAUCAAAAUUCGAUUGAGAGGUUCGGUACAAAUAUUGGAGCAUAGAAUAUGAUAAGGACUGCUGCGAAUAACUAUAAAAGGAACGA